AUGGCCCUCCGAGGUGAAGGGCUGCCGGAUUCUGGGGCCGUCAUCGACAAAGCCGCCUACCAGGAGUGGCAGACAGAGGUGGUGGCCGCUUUCUAUGAAGAGGGCCGCCGCUGCACCGAGCUGUUUCCCCAAACUGGGGCCCCGGCGGUGCUGCGGAAGCGGAAGUUCAUCCUCUAUGCUCUGGAUGCUUCUGGCAGGACGGCCAGCUUGGUGGAAUCCAUGUCAGAGGAUCUCCCUGAAAAGGAGCCGCUGAUGAUGUUCCAUGUGGGCUCGCACACUCUGGAUUAUGUGAAGCGGGGUCUGAAAGACGGUGUCUUCUCGUACCCGGCUUGUGACCUUGGAGGACUUUCGAACUACCCGCAGAAGCUGGGGGAGGCUGCGGAGUACGUCGGAGAGCCUUUGGAGGUCAAGAAGAACAGCAACCUUUAUGAGCACAGCAGAUCUAUUUGUCAGCAAUGGCGGAUCCUUGCCGAGGUCAAUUUGCCAGAGACCUUCGAAGCAGAUCUCCAAACCUGGCUGGCCACCGCCAUCAUGGCGCUCGGCGGGGACGUGCAGCUGCGAUUCUGGGCUCCCCCAGAGGAGCACCGCGUGGUGGCCACGGCCGCCGACGUCCGGACCAGGACUGGACAAUACUACACUCGGAUCUUCAACGGCGGUGACGAGCGGUAUGCGGAAAACUCGGAUGCCACAGACCUCUUCUGCGGUGUCUGGAAAACCGGCAUCACACCCAACUUGAACUCCAAGAACCUCCGGACAGAAUACCGCCCAUAUGACCCCAGCUCCACAUAG